GUGUAACACAAUAAUGCAGCUGCUUUAAUGAACAUAUUGAUCCAGUCGCUAUCCAGAAUUUUCAACGAAUGGAUUAAAUUUCAAAUACAUAAGGGUUUCAAAAAAUGUUUUGUAGGCCUUUAAUUCCUCUUUUCCUUAUUUUGCAUGUCGUGCAUGGACAGGAAUUCGCAGAAGAAUAUUUCCAACGCUUCCACGCAACGUUGAAUCAUGGGAUUAGUGGAUGUCAUCCAGGAUUUAAAGAACCUUCAUCUAGAGUGCUCGGGGCAAGUGUAAAGUGUCGCGAUACCACGACGGCGUCUUAUUUGUGCUUCUUAAUCUGCGUUUAUCGAAACUUUGAGUACAUCGUGCCCGAAAAAGAGGACGAAUUGGAUUACGCAAUGGCGGAUAUUGUAACAAUGGAAACUUUCGACAUGACGCAGAAAGAAGGGCGCGACAGUUAUACAAAAAUUUCUCGGGCGAGAUACCAAUGUGGGAAGGAUUAUUUGGAUACGAGACAUGGAAAUUUUUCCCUAACUUUUGACGAGUCAGAGAAAUGCGCGUCGUCCGCACAAUUCUUCGUAUGUUCUAUAAAAAGCUUGGUGAGCCCUUUUCGCCAAAUUUGGGGACUAAUCAUGCAUUAUAUUUGAACAUAAAAUCCACCAUUUAUGCACAAGUCCAUUUCGAAGUCAAAUGGUCUAUGUACGUUCACUAUUAGAAAUCUGGUAUAUCUAGCCACCCAGGUAUUGAUUUCUCGGUAUUGACGUUGCUACCGCUUGGUAUUAAAAUUAUUAGUACCGGUCCGUAGAAAUUUCCUACCGAAACAUCAAAACUUUAAUACCAAGCAAGCUCUUAUAUACUACACGGUACUAGUUAUUUAUAAGUUACUAAAUAAUACCAAUUUGGUAUAGUCAUAUAUGUAUGAAUAUCGCUUGGUAUUAUUUUAAUACUGGAUUUAUAAAAGUGUUCAAGUCGUAUUUUUAUAAACAUGUGAAAAGUUUUGGGUGCAUUUGUGUGCAACUGCCCUCAAGACUCGCAAAGUCCCACUAUCGUCUUGCAGACUUUGAAGUGACUUCAAAUUACAUAUAUUAAGCAAUUGCCAAUCUUAAACAAUUGUUAAUAUGUUUUGACAGACGUGUGACGAUGAGAAGUAUGCCGUCCGUUGAGCAACAAACCAUUCAAUAUUUCGUUAUGCGAACAAGAGUAAUAAAGUAAAGCGUUACUGCUUGUAUACAUAAUUUGUACAAAAUAAUUUCAUAAAUUUGAACUGAAAUUUGAUGAAUUUGAAAAACUGUAGGGAAAAACUUACUCGGAGUUUACAAAACAAACAAAAAUUUGCAUACAAAAUUUGUCAAAGAUCCGUGCACAGGGAAGGGUCAAUUUUGACGAAUUUUGGGAAUAGUAUGUUGGAUGACUCACACAAUUUUUUGUAACUAACAAGAGAAUGAUAACUUAUCAUUGAUAAGAUGACUUGACAUAUCCAAAAUUUAUCAUGAAAUAUUUUAUGCAGCAUUAUUGCAACCACACAAUACACAUGCAUUAAUUUAUACAUGUACAUGCGAUCUGCCAGUUUGCAUAUAGGUAUUCCAAUUAUUACUCCAGAAACUUAUUUUAACACAAAAAAGGCAAUGUCAAAUUUAAAUUGGAGAUCUCAAUUUCCGCAUAACAUCAUUUUUUCCGGUCGCAUAAAUAGCACCAACUGUUUGCUAAUUUUAUUCACACCCAAGCACCUGGUAGAUAGUCAUGGAAGCAAUUCAACCGUUCACACUUUUCUCAAUCUUGCUCGCCUCAGGUGUAGCUCAGUUUCCCGGAAUAUUUACCGGAAUUGGGCAAUACUUCCCAAUAUCGAUUCCAAUACCAGGACCAGGAGCAUUUUUCCGUCCAAGACCGUCAACCACGCGACCAAUAACGAUUCCCUCAACCACUUUUUCCUCGGUUAAUUACAAUUACACUCAACAAAUUUCUGUUCUAAAUGAGACGGAAAUACUGACCACUUUCACACCACCAGAAAUUAGUAGUACCACGAUAAGCAUUGCUAUCGAGGUACCAAGUUCCACUGAGGACCCACUGGUUACCGAUGUCACAUUUUCAGAGUCGACCCUCGUUGACCUGCCAGAAUUUGGUAAUAUUUCGACUCUUUCGCCACAACUGGAACCACCCAACACGACAGAUUCCCUAAUUAUUGUACUACCAGAAGAAUCCCAAGUCGUGUCUUGAAUGCUAAAUACUGAUAGAUAUGUAAAUAUUUAAUAUCAGUUCAAACUCCAUGAAAAUAAUUUUUAAGGGGGAAUUAAAUUAUAUUCGGUUAGAUUUUUUUUAACGUU